AUGAAUUUGAAGAAAAAGAUGGGAGACUGGAAUAUAUUCGCCACAUCUACUCCCUACGCCGGUGUAUCGGACGAGUUUCAAUUUUACUGGAACGUCCCGACGUUCAUGUGUCACAAGUACGGGAUGGAUUUCACGGAGGUGUCGCAAAAUUUUAGCAUCGUGCAAAACGAGGGGGACGAUUUUAGGGGCGACCGGAUGGCCAUUCUCUACGAUCCCGGCGAUUUUCCCGCUCUUUUGAGAGACGACAAAGGCAACGUGGUCAAGCGCAACGGCGGGGUGCCGCAGCAGGGCAACCUGACCCUGCACCUGGAUCACUUCCGCCGCCACGUGGAGGAGCAGAUCCAGGAUCCCGAGUUCUCGGGGGUCGCGGUGAUCGACUUCGAGAGCUGGCGGCCGAUAUUCCGGCAGAACUGGGCCUCGCUGCAGAUCUACCGCGAGCUGUCGUACGACGUGGAGCGCCAGUUGCACCCGUUCUGGAGUCAAAAGGCCGUUCAGCAGGAGGCGGCCGACAGGUUCGAGAAAUCGGCCAGGAUGUUCAUGCAGAGGAGCCUCGAGCUCGCCAGGGCGCUCAGGCCGAGGGCCGGUUGGGGCUACUACGCGUACCCCUACUGCUUCAACUGGACCCCCAAUCAACAGAGCGCCCAGUGCAGCUCGAAAGCCGUCGAGGAGAAUGACGGAAUGUCAUGGCUGUUUGGCAGCAAAACGAAUCUCUAUCCAUCGGUGUACCUCAGACAGAAGCUCAACGCCAGCCAGAGAAUUGGACUAGUGCGGGGCAGGGUACAGGAGGCCGUGCGACUCUCGAGGAAAGCCUGGAACAGGGAAAGCUCGCGAGUCUUACCCUACUAUUGGUACAAGUACCAGGACCAAACGAACGUGUUUGUGAAUAAGCGCGAUCUCACGAAUACGUUGACGGAAGCGAUCAAGCGAGGCGCCGACGGUGUGGUAAUCUGGGGCAGCUCGAACGACUUUAACAGCCAAACCAAGUGUCGGGACUUUUACGCUUAUCUCAUGCAAAUUCUCGGGCCUACUGUCUACCAGUUGAAGCAACAACUCGACGCCCAAUGA